CUACACCUCAGUAGGUGGAGCUGUAUGUGGUGAGAUACAGUUUAGACAGUUUCACAGAGAUACUGACAUUUAUAUCCACUGCAAGAGACACACAGAACAAUCAUGAUAUUCUUCUUUGUGUUGAUAGUUGUCAAAAAUAUUGCAGGUGCUGUUGACAGCAGAAUUACACCAGACAAAUCCAUCAUAUCUUCAAGUGAAGGCAGCAACAUCACACUGACCUGCACAUAUGAUGACUCAGCUUACAAUCUCCACUGGUAUCGACAAAAACCUCAAUCAGAACCAGAGUUUCUGCUGCAGAUUCAUAAAUCCACAGACACUAGAAUUAAACAUGAGCUUGACCCACGACUAUCCACCAAACUUCGUAAAAAUGAGAAGAAAGUAGAUCUGGAGAUCUUUCCUGCAGCAGUAUCCGACUCUGCACUGUACUACUGUGCCAUGGUGCCCACAUUGACACAAAACUCUAACAGACUGUACAAAAAGUCAAGCUUGAUAUUUUGUUUCUCAGCAGGGGGAGCUCACACCCUCAUCCUCGGUCUACCAUGCCUCCGGCUCCACAACCCGACCAUUUCCUGGUCCGAGCUGCGCAUCACCAGCUGGGGCAGCGCAUGUGCCACGCACACCAGGGACCCGGUGGAGCCGUGCCAACUUAACACCACAGACACCAUGCUGAUCUCCUCUGACAUACCUGGUCUCCCCGACGAAUACCUAGACCUCGCAGAUGCAUUUAGUAAAGUCAAGGCCACGGAGCUACCUUCACAUUGUGCCUGUGAUUGCGCCAUGUACCUUCUGCCAGGAGUAACGCCACCUAGAGGGAGAAUCUUCCCCCCUCAUAGACAGAGUCUGCGGCCAUGA